GAGAGUAAAGAUCAUUUGCACACCCUGUUGAUCAGCAAGGAUCUCCGGUUUAAGCGCGAGACAAACGGACGCGAGCUCGUGCCACGUUCUGCUCGUUAUAGAGGGUCUGAUUUCUCAGUUUAGACUCAUGGAUCAACCGAGUGUUAGAAUUAAAGUAGCAUUUAUCGCAUAGUUUCCCCUCUACACGUUCGGUAUCUAUCCAAAUCAGCGUCAGGGCUGAUUGUCGCUUUUGUGGCAGGGAGCGUCCUGCAUUGUGCGGAAGGGGGGCACAGUUUCAGUGAGCGCAAAUAAUCAAAUAAUGGCAGAGAAAUGAGAAGGAAAACAAAAGCCAAGCGUGUUCUGGACUACGAAAAUGAAGAACAGGACGAGAAAGAGGAACAAAAACUGGACAGUAAUUAGAAUGACACGAGCCGCCUGUCCGACAGCACGGGCUGCAGAAACGGAGGAAACAAAUGGAUGCUGCCAAAGAGCGACCGGAGGAGAAUUCAGUAGCAGCAGCAGCAGCCGCGGGGCUCCAGAAGUUGGACAUGAGGGGUUAUGGGUUCGACUGCUCUCCUACAGGCAGUUUUGAUGAGGGUCACCCCACCACAGAGCAGGAGGCUGAAUUCUUGCAGUCUUAUUCGAAGAUGGAGCUAAUUGCCAUGGUUCUAUGCAUGCAGCGGGAAAUGGAGAGCUUAAAGGAACAACUACGGUGCCUUACAGCAUGUGGAAAGUUGGCUAAAAACCUAGAAGCCCUGAUUGAGAGGACACAGAUGUGGCCUAAUGGAGAUAAGAAGACGCCUCUUCCAAUUUCCUCGAGCCCUGCAACAGAACCUGUUGAAGUGGACGCUUUAAUGCCAGCUAUGCCGUAUGCCUCAGGUGUUAUGAAUGGGCAGUGGGUCAAGCAGGAUACUCUUGCACAGAAAUCUAAUGAGGCCUCUCACAGGAAUGGCCUUUUCACAGAGUUUAUCACACCUGAGCUUUUGGAGAGGUGUAACACUGGAACCACUGCUCAGAAGUUGACCAAUGAUCUGUUGCGUGGACUGUAUGAGAGAGACUGUUUGGCUUCCCACUCAAUCUCUGGUGUGGUGUACAAUAAGAGAGGUCAGCCCAAACCUGCCCUGCCCACCGAAGAAGUGCAGGCCAUCCUGAGAACUGUACAAUAUUUCUUUCCUGGGAAAACUGAUGCUGAGAUUAAGGGCUACAUUCGUCAAAAACUGCAAAAUGAAGCAAAAAGAUUGAGAAAAAAACCUCCACUCUCUGGACCAGAGCCUAGAUCUCUGAGUCUAUGCAGCCCGAAAUCAAGUAGCCAUCAGUUAGAUUUGAUUGGACAAAAAUCAAAUGUUUGAUUACCAGUGAUUGGGUCUUUGUCAUCAAACAAACUAGCUGUGUUCACUGCUAAAUAUGAUCAAGAGCUCCUGACCAGUAUAAAUUAUGUUAAUUAUUUUAUUUGGACUGUCCUGAAAAAUGUUAUGAUCAUUUGAAAUAGUUACUAAUUGUUGUGAAAGCAUCAAUGUCAAAAUGCAAAUAAAAGCAUUUGAAUUUAGUUCAGAUGGUCUCCGACACACCCAGUAAUAAGAUUAGAUAUUAAUGUGAGUCUGUAAACAUUUUUCAUGUUUUGUAUUUAAUUGCUGUGUAGUAGCUACACUGCACAAUAACAACAGGUGUGAACAUUAUGUUCCUUGUACCAUAUAUGUAUUUCUUACUAAAUUAUGGUCCUUAUUACUCUAAUGUAGCUUUAUGUAUGUAAUGUUUUUGUUAUUAAAAAUGAUAAAAAAGCAAACAUUUAGAUAAGUAGUGUUUGCUAUUGUUUGUGUUGUGCAUGUUUGGCUAAAAAUGAAUGUGUGGAUUUGUGUGAAAGAGAAACACAAGAUACUGGAUAUAUUAGUAUGACUAAACCCCUGUGAAUAUUGGCGAUGGAGAACAAUGUGUACUGCAUGCAGAGAGCUGCUGAGAUGAAGGUAAUCAAUGACUGAGCGACACGAGCAGAGUGACAACAGCAGGGGUACUGGGCCAGUUGUCUUGGCAACCCCAGCCUUCUGGGCCACAGUAGCGUGGCUCUUACUCUGGCCAGCGCCUCUGAGCAUCUGCCCACUGCAGGGACAAGGGGAAUUGUAGCAAACAAAUAAAGAAAGAAAGGCAGAAGGAAAGACUUUGUGGGACCCAAAGAAAUUUGGUCUGGCAUCCAAUGAGGAGAUAGCAGUCCAUUAAUAAUAAACAUGAGGAUAAUGUUCUCUUAGGCUUGUUGAUUAUUAUCAUGCUCAUUGUCAUACUCUGUUCAUGUCUAUCAGGAAAAACAAAGUGUUUACUAUUGCUGCUCUUUAAAUUAGUGUGUGAGUGUAAGGCUAGCCUGAUGAAAAGCACAGACAAUUAAGGGGCAGAAUGAAGUCCCUCUUCUUAUCAUAAGCCUCAUCAGUGUGUGUGUGUAAUGAUAGGGGGUUGUGACAAAGGGACAGACUAGUAGGGAAAGUACCUCACUAUGAGUCAAUGAUAAAGGGUAUUUUUCUUAAUACUUUCCAAAAUCAUGGUUUUUAUUAUUGAAAAUGGAAUAAUGUAAAUUUUGACUUUAAAUUAUUAUAAAUAAAUAAACAAAUAUGAAAUGGAUUGUCCCUGUGUUCAA